GCGCGCCUGAACGUCACACACUCACAGUCUGGCGAUGCUUUUGCGCCACUGCGUGUAUUCUGGACUAUAGCUAACACUAAAGUUUGGCUUUUGAUGCACUGUUGCCCGUCCUCUUCUUCAAAGGUAUUUUGAUGUUACCAAAAGAAAUCUCUGGAGGAGUGUGUUUCAGCGCAAGUCAGCACUCAAAAGACGGGAGGACCGGAAUGAAAACAGAAGAAAACCAAUCAUGUCUUCAGCAGGCCCCCUCCGCCACCCCUUACGAGCAUGUGGGAGGAGGCGAGGUGUGUGCAGGGUGCGAGUCUCCCAUCGCCGACCGCUUCCUCCUGCGCGUCAAUGAACUGUCCUGGCAUGAGACGUGUGUCAAGUGUGCGGUGUGUCGCAGCGCGCUGAGUGGGACCUGCUACUGCCGGGACCGCUUGCUUUACUGCAAGCAUGAUUAUGAGAAGUUGUUCGUGCGGAAGUGCAGUGCGUGCCUGCAGGCGAUCGGGCGCUCGGAGCUCAUCAUGCGUGUCCUGGGGCAGGUGUAUCACCUGGGCUGCUUCAGCUGCUGCGAGUGUGAGCGCCGGCUGCAGAGAGGUGAUGAGUUCGUGCUAAAGGAGGGACAGCUGCUCUGCCGGGGAGACUAUGAGAAGGAGAGAGAGAUGCUGGCCGCCAUCAGCCCGGCCCCUACCGAGUCUGUAAAGAGUGAGGACGAGGAGGGCGGUGGUGUCCUCGUCGGGGGGAAGGCUGGGGAUGAUGGGAAGGAUCACAAGAGGUCCAAGAGACCACGUACCAUCUUGACCACGCAACAGCGUCGCGCCUUCAAGGCUUCCUUCGAGGUGUCUUCCAAACCCUGCCGAAAGGUCAGAGAAACUCUCGCCGCUGAGACGGGACUGACGGUGAGAGUCGUGCAGGUGUGGUUCCAAAAUCAGAGAGCAAAGAUGAAGAAGAUCGCUCGCAGACAGCAGCAGCAGCAGCAACAGCAGGAACAGGAGCAGAUGGGCGGCACCAGGAGGGGCCCGAGCAGAGGGGGGCGCCAGAGUAACGAUGACAGUGAGGACGGCUCCAGCAGUCACGGACUGGAUGGGUUGCUCUCAUAUUCCUCUCUGCCACGGCAACAACUCCUGGCCUUGGAUCCGAACAUAUACGGCAGCGAGCAAUUCCGACACGGGCUCACGCCACCACAGCUCGGCCCCGAGCAGAUGCACUCCUACGACUCAGAGACAGUUUUCCAUGACUUGGACAGUGAUGGAAGUCUCAGUCAUCUCGGGGACUGUCUCUUGUCGACCGCAGAUGGUGGAGUUCUGGCGGGGCGGAUAGGAAAUCCCAUUGAUCGCCUCUACUCGAUGCAAAACUCAUACUUUACCUCAUGACCCUGGUUCCACCUACCUAAAGCGCUCCUCCACCACUGCAGGGGGCAACAAAUAGAGUCUCACUGGAGGCGUCUUUCAUCAGAACUAAUUGAGUCCCUCAAUCAUAUCUUAGUCGUGCCGAUAAAUCUCUAACCAGUCAAACUAGGACAUGAGCAGACCCUAAAAAUUCAAUAUGACAUGGACAGAAUAGGAACUCACUGGAAUCUCAUGUUUUAUAUCACAUAAAUGCACUAUUUCUUUUGUUCUGUAUUGCGCAAAAAUGUUUCGACAGUCAUAGGGUCAUAGGUGCAGACAUCAACAGGCAGCUGUUCAUGAAGUCCAAGUGUUACCUCACCCUCUACUCAGUGUAAAACUAACAAACUGAUCAAGGCUGUAUCCAAAAUCCCCCCCAUAUUCUCAUUCAGUGCUUGAAUGGUGAUGUGUUUUGCAGGCCAACCAAAAAGUUAGCGGUACCUCGAUAAAAAGAUUAUUCUAUUGGAUUAUUGCAGAAAUGCUCUGUGAGAGUUUGUGAUUCUUACACGUUUUGUUCGUCAAUAUUUUUGAAAAUGCUGACGGUAAACCUAAAUACGGUAAAAAUCUAACUGCAUAAACGAACUACACCAUGGUCACAUGGUUUCAACAUCAUCACCUUUACGCUUCCAACAAAUACAUCAGUCUUUGUUUUAAAAAACUUUUAGUCUGAAUAGUUUGCAAGAGUUUGAUUAUAAAAACGGAGGCUGUGAAAGCAGAUUAAUGUGUAGAAGAGUUUACCUGUUUGGUGUGAUGACGUUUAAAGGUGCAGUAAGCAAUUUUUGAGAAACCGAGUAGCACGACACACUUGUAGCCAAUCAGAAGGUAGGGGGCAUGUCAACUCAUGAUGAGUAGGAGAGAGUGAGCCAAUCAGAAGUAGGGGGCGUGUCCACUCAUGAUGAGGAGGAGAGAGUGAGCCAAUCAGAAGUA